GCUCGAUACCGGCCAGUCGCGAAUUCGACUCGCGAGCGUUCGCCUCGUCGACGCGUCCAAAUCUCACGCGAAAAUAAAAAUAAACCCCUUCAGUGGUUAUUUCUAAACUUGUACUAGUGUUUUAGUGUUCAUUUACUAUGUAUCGUACGGUUGUGUGAGUGUUCCUUUGGAUUGUCACAACGACUUGCCCGAUUAUCGCGGAGUAUCCAGUCUCAGUGGAGAGUCAGAGCUGGGGCGCGUCGUGUGAAGAUGGCGUAGCGUAAUGGAGGGUGAGUGCUCGGAGGGCGCGGAGGGCUGGCUCCUGGUGCGGAUCCAUGUGCCCGAGCUGAACGUGCAGAAGAGCCUGCAGUUCCCGAGGGACCAGCUAAUCUGGGACGUCAAACAGCAGUGUCUCGCCGCCUUGCCAAAGGUGGCCACUUGGUACAGGGAGUUAAAGGAGAGCUUCAACUAUGGCCUGUUCUGCCCACCGAUCAACGGUAAAGCCGGCAAGUUUCUCGACGAAGAGCGACGGCUCGGCGACUACCCAUUCAACGGUCCAGUGGGCUACCUCGAGUUAAAAUACAAGCGGCGUGUGUACAAGAUGCUGAAGCUCGACGAGAAGACUCUGAAGGCGCUGCAUUCGCGCGCGAACCUGCGCCGCUUCUUGGAGCACGUGACGCACGGACAAAUAGACAAGAUCAGCAAGGCGUGCUCCAAGGGACUCGACCCUAACUUCCACUGCCAGGAGACAGGAGAAACACCACUAACAAUAGCAGCCGGCCUAAAAUCACCUGGGAAACUUCUAAUAGCGCUCGUCAACGGAGGAGCUCUUCUAGACUACAGAACGAAAGAUGGAAGCACAGCUAUGCAUAGGGCCGUCGAGAAGAACUCUCUAGAAGCAGUCAAAACCUUGCUAGAGCUCGGAGCGUCGCCGAAUUACAAGGAUGGGAAGGGGCUGACCCCAUUAUAUCUGUCGGUGACGAAUAAGACCGAUCCACUGUUGUGCGAGACGCUGCUGCACGACCACGCGACUAUCGGUGCUACUGAUCUGCAAGGGUGGCAGGAGGUGCACCAGGCGUGUCGCAAUGGUCUAGUGCAGCAUCUAGACCACCUUCUGUUCUACGGCGCGGAUAUGAACGCGCGCAACGCGUCCGGCAACACUCCUUUGCACGUAUGCGCUGUCAACGCCCAAGACUCAUGCGCCAGACAGUUGCUCUUCAGAGGCUGUGAUAAGGAAGCGCUUAACUUCGCCAAUCAGACUCCUUAUCAGGUAGCCGUCAUAGCCGGCAACUUGGAGCUGGCUGAAGUGAUAAAGAACUACAAGUCAGACGAAGUCGUACCGUUCCGAUGCCCGCCGAGGUACAAUCCGAAGCGGCGGUCGGCGGUGUGGGGGGGGUGGUGGUCUGCGGGGGACAGGUCCUCGCUCGCGUCCUCCACGCGCAUCCCCGCCGAGCUGGACGCGUUGCUGCGCCGCCCCGCGCGACCCGCCUCUCCUCUCGACCGCCUCGACCGCCUGGACCGCCUGGACCGCCUCGAGCGACCCUUCUCCUCCGCCUCGUCCAGCAUCAGCGACGCCAGCCACCCCAGCCACGAGGACGACGCGAGCAUACUCACAGAGGCGACGCUGUCGACAGAUAAGAGCGGCGGCGAGACGAGCGACAUCAUCUCGGACUCUAGCGGCGUGGGCACCAGCACCUCGGACACCACCACGUGCUCGCUGCAGACAGGUGGCGCCACGGUCGUGUGCCUGCAGCCGGUCGAGCCGGCGGGACACGGACAUCUGCGGCUUAACCAGGGCGAUAUCAUCGAAGUGACCGGGGCUACCGAUGAGGGCUACCUGGAGGGCACGGUGCGAGGCUCUGGCGCGAGCGGACUGUUUCCCGCGCAUUGCGUGCAGGAAGUACGGUUGAGGCAGAACAACGCGCACUUGCAUCAGGUACUAGCUUCGGGUCCCAUCCACCACUCCCGAGUGACCGGCAGACGAGAGAUGACGCUCAGCAAGACGUACAGCGCCACGGCUCCGAGGAUAAAGAAAUCAUAUGGCAACAUGGAGACGCGCACGGUGGUGCUGCACCGGGCGCGGCGCGGGUUCGGGUUCGUGCUGCGCGGCGCCAAGGCGUCGUCGCCGCUGAUGGAGCUGCGCCCGUCGGAGCGCUGCCCCGCGCUGCAGUACCUCGACGACGUCGACGCGGGCGGCGUGGCCGACCGCGCCGGACUCAAGAAGGGGGACUUUCUUGUGGCGAUAAACGGCGAGGACGUGUCGGCCGCGUCUCACGAACACGUGGUGGAGCUCAUCCGCAGCUCCGGCGCGCUCGUCUCCAUGACUGUUGUCUCGUUGAACAAUGCGAAUGGUAACAACGAGAACAACACGUGUACGGUGCCCACAAGCAAGUCCCAAAACCAGUUGUCGAGUUCAGGACGACCUUACGCCGCCACCCUGCCGAGGAAGGCUGCAGGAGGUCGCAGCCCCGCGCCCGCGCCCCCGCGCCGCGACCCGCGGACUACCCUGAGUGUGGGACGCGCCAGGGCUAAGUCCAUGGUCGCUGGACUCGAAAAUGGUGGUGAAAAAGAAGAGAGCUGCGAACCACUGAGCGUAGCUGGCAAGUCUUCAUCCGCCGAGUCUGUUCAACUGCACGGAGGAAGUAACAACGGCACGCCGUCGUCGGGCACGCCGGUGGCGCCGCGCACGGCGUCCAUCCGCCAGCGCCCCGCCUCGUCGCGCAUCACCGCCGCCGAGCUCGAGGAGCUGUUCCAGCGCCAGGCCGACGCAGACACUAGCGGCGGCAACAAUGCAAUGAUGACUCGGUCGGCGUUCCAGGGCGGGUCUAAUUCCCCCCCGUACUCCCCCGCCAGGGUCUCGGGCAGGGUGUACGCCUCCGUCGCUGAGAUGAAGAGGUCCAGAGGGAAGUUCUGGAACAAGUCCGGCGGCACGUUGCGGCGCGAGUUCCACUCGACGCCCGACCUCGCCGCCGAACACAACGCGCAUCCACUCAGGACGCGCUCCAGCGAGGACGUGCACGGCGCGUCGUGCGGUCGCGUGCCGCCGCCGUCGCAGCCGCCGCCGCCGGUGCCGGGGGCUGCGGGCGGCGCGGGCGGCGCGGUGCCGUCGUCCUUCCGCCCCGCCGCCGCCGCCAAGCUGUACGCCGCGCCCGCCGACCUGCGCCCCGUCGCAUACCGACAUCCCAACGAUGACAACGCGAGCCGCAAGUCGUUGUCGCUGCGGUCGUGGUCGUCGCCGGCGCGGGCGCAGUCCGCCGACGAGCCCGCCAACCAGUACGCGCAGCCCUUCAACACGCACAAGGGCUUCGUCAGACAGAACUCAACCCCAGCACCACCGAUCCCGGAGCCGGAUUACAGCAUGUCUGAAUCCGAUGAAGAAGCAGACGCCAAGCCCAAAGUGGAACCAGCGGCGGUAGCGGAGACCAGCGCCAAUAGCAAUGCCAGCGGCAGCAGCUCCGGCUCCAGCUCCAUGCAGCACUCGUUCUCGGUGGACGAGAUCCAGAAGAUCCGCACGCGGCUGAAGUCGUCCAAGUCGUGCGGCGACGAGCUCGGCGCCGAGCGCGACGACGGCGACAACUCCUCCUCCGGCGUCUCCUCCGACCAGGAGGCGCAGGCGCGCCCGCGCCGCGACAAGGUCUCCUUCUGCAGCUCCGUCACCGUCAAGUCCUCCAACGACGUCAUCAGCACCGAGCCCGUGCACUCCUCCUCCGAGAGCCUCGCGCCCGCCCCGCCCGCCCCGCCCGCCCCGCCCGCGCCGCCGCCCAUGCAGCGCCACAACUCGCUCACGCGCAAGCGCGCCACGGCGGCGCUGCUGCGCGGCGCGGUGGGGGGCGGCGGGGGCGCGGGGCGGGCGUGCGCGGGCGCUCGGCGGCGGAGCGGCUCGGCGUGGACCCGGAGAAGGCGCCGGGGCGGCGCGGGCGCGCGGCGGCGCUGCUGGCGUCGCUGCCGCCGCCGCCGGAGAGAGCCGGCCGCGGAUCCGGGCGCGGCGCCGGUGCUGGCGCCGCCGCCGCAGUUCAGCGACCGCGUGCGGGUGGUGGCGGCGCUGCCGAAGCAGCUGGCGCCCCUGCAGUAA